AUGACGAAUACAUAUUAUCUGUCGUACGUCACUAAUUGCGCAAUCAACGGCUUCUCGAGUUAUCCGGCCAUCAUGUUGAACAUUUUCACCAUCUAUGCCAUUGAGAAAACUACAACGUUGCCAAAUAAGACCUUAAAAACACUGCUCCUUAGUCUGGCUGCCUCUGAUCUUGGUGUUGGCUUGGUCGUCCAGCCGUUGUACAUUGCAGCUCUUGCUAUGGAGAUGGAACACAUCCCGGAAAACAAUCUAAACUAUAACAACAUAUACAAGGCUUUUCUGCUUUCGGCAAAUAUGUUUGGUUUUGCUUCGUUCUUUUGUGUCACAGCUCUGAGUGCAGACAGAUUUUUGUCUGUUCAUUUCAAUCUCAGAUAUCGAGAACUUGUGACUCAUAAGCGUGUUGUUCGUGUAGUGAUUGCCAUUUGGGUCAUAAGUGCAUUUCUUUCGUUGAUUAGAAUAUUCAUCCCUAAGAAGAUCAUGUACCUUAUUUUUGUUAUAAUCGAGUUUACUUGUAUAAUAUGUGCCACAUACUUUACUUUCAAAAUAUAUGUGGCCACGCGUAGCCACACAGGCCAAAUCCGAGCCCAGCAAGUGCAGCGAUCAUCUCAGAAUGGCGAAAUCAGGACAGCACAUGUUACAAGCCUACAGACUUCAGUGGUGAUAACAAUUGCCUUAUAUCUCUUAUUUUUGGUUUGUUACUUACCGCAAAUGUCUGUUUUAUUUAUCACUGCGGUCUUUGGACAAAGCAACUUUUUAAAGAUUUUAUUACACCACACGACCACAUUGGUUUUUCUAAAUUCAUCGCUAAAUCCUGUGAUUUAUUGCUGGAAGAUGAGGCAUGUUCGAAAAGCUGUCUUGCACACUUUGCGAAGAGCAUUUUCAAUACAAUGACAACUGAGGAAAGUUUUAGUCUGAUUUUAACAGAUUGAGUGGUCUGUAAUGAGACCUUGAGAAAAAACACAACAAAGCGAUUUACAGAGAAUGUAGAAGGAGUUGAACGUGAGAGAGCGUGUUAUAAGCAACGACGACUUAGACGUCAACGAGAACGACAAAACGACUUUGCACGUGCAUCACGCUUUUUUGUAAAUUUCUUUGUCUUCGUCGCAUGAUUACGACGUAAGAAUGCCUAAUUUCACGUCUUGUGAAGGACUUGAAGACAAGACAACAUUUUUCUUUUUCUUUAAAUUUCCUGAACUUCGAUACAGUGUUUUAGAAUUCAACUCCAGAAAAAAUUGCCAACAUAUGUUUUAACGAAUUAAAUGAGAUGGAAUAAGCGCGAGAAAGUUUGAAGCAGCGUGACUUCACUUUUUAAGUGAAAUUUCUGUACUCCGUCGCCGUCGUUGUUGCUGCCCUAUUUUUUAAGUCAGUAAAUUUAACUGGUAAUUUACAGUACAUUAACUGACAAACCAGAUUCGACGCAUGAUACAUUUUCAGUGAGUUCGUGCGACGUAUUAGUAGAGGCUCAAAUCUUCUCAAUUGUUCAUAAAGUCAUUCUGGAAGCUUGAUUUUCCUCAGUUUUCAUGAAACGCAAGCUAUCCGCAAUCUUUCGUGGGGGAGUAGCACCUGAUUACCAUGUCGUAAAGAAUUUUCAAAAAUGUUCAUCUCAUUAGCAUGACAUAAAAGUGGGACAGCGUAAGUGAAUCUAUGACUGUAUGGGGAGUUAAACAAACAACCGAGUUAGGAACCGAGUUAAGAACCGAGUUGGGACCGAGUUAGCAAGCGAGUUAAACAAACUUUGGGCCAUUUGAUUAUUGAUUUGAGACAAGUUUUUGGAACACCUGUGGAUCGAGCUUCCAGGCCGCAACAAAAACAGCUUGCUUGUCACAAUUUACCUAAUGCCUAAUUUCACGUCUUGUGAAGGACUUGAAGACAAGACAACAUUUUUCUUUUUCUUUAAAUUUCCUGAACUUCGAUACAGUGUUUUAGAAUUCAACUCCAGAAAAAAUUGCCAACAUAUUUUUUAACGAAUUAAAUGAGAUGGAAUAAGCGCGAUAAAGUUUGAAGCAGCGUGACUUCACUUUUUAAGUGAAAUUUCUGUACUCCGUCGCCGUCGUUGUUGCUGCCCUAUUUUUUAAGUCAGUAAAUUUAACUCGUAAUUUACAGUACAUUAACUGACAAACCAGAUUCGACGCAUGAUACAUUUUCAGUGAGUUCGUGCGACGUAUUAGUAGUGGCUCAAAUCUUCUCAAUUGUUCAUAAAGUCAUUCUGGAAGCUUGAUUUUCCUCAGUUUUCAUGAAACGCAAGCUAUCCGCAAUCUUUCGUGGGGGAGUAGCACCUGAUUACCAUGUCGUUAAGAAUUUUCAAAAAUGUUCAUCUCAUUAGCAUGACAUAAAAGUGGGACCGCGUAAGUGAAUCUAUGACUGUAUGGGGAGUUAAACAAACAACCGAGUUAGGAACCGAGUUAAGAACCGAGUUGGGACCGAGUUAGCAAACGAGUUAAACAAACUUUGGGCCAUUUGAUUAUUGAUUUGAGACAAGUUUUUGGAACACCUGUGGAUCGAGCUUCCAGGCCGCAACAAAAACAGCUUGCUUGUCACAAUUUACCUCUCUGGGGGCCAAAUGAACUUCUCUGACAGGGUACAGACUUUUGAGGAUUUGCUAAGUGGAAACGGAGCUUCGUGGGAUGGUAUGCUACUCUUGGCUGGGGACAUUAACCUGGACAUAUUUCGCCCUGAAAUGUCAGAGAUGAAUUACAAUGAAUUGUUAGACUCGCUCAAUGUUAAGCAGAUGGUCACCAAGGCAACACGAAUAGCGAAGACUAGCAAAACCCUAAUUGAUCACAUAAUUACUAACGCACCGAAACGCAUUACUUACAUUGAAGUACUUCCAUGUCCGCAAGUAAGCGACCGUUACGUCCGUUUGCUUGCGUGGGGAUUACACGUUAUGUACCUAGAUAUAAGCUCAUCAGGAACGAAAAACGUUUUUCUGAAACGGCUUCUAUUGAGGACUUCGCUGCUCUGUCCUUGAAAUCGUGUAUGCUUUCGACGACCCCAAUAACAAGAUCGCGACUUUCAACCAGAACGUUGCUGGAGAGAACGAAGGUGACCGACCCCCCGUGUCCUGGUUAAACUAUCCGAGUAUUCGCUCGCUGCAAGUGUCGCAAACCAACGCCGGGAGGCGCACGCACGCCCUCCUAAGAAAGGUGCAUGGGACAUGUUUAGAUACACUCGAAACAAGCUCAAUAACCUUAUUAAGAAGGCCAAGCGGUAUUUUAUGAUCACUGUGUUUUCCUCGAAGCGACCGAAGGAGGUAUGGAGGACGAUAAACCUUUCUCUCCAUCCAAGCCAACAACCACUCCGCGCUGA